AUGGCGACGCUUUUGCAGUCGAACCGGCUGCAAAUCGUAUGUUCGUGUGGUCUUAGCUCCCCUAUCAUCAAACUUUACUUCUGCAAACACUGCUUGAAGUUAAGAUGCGGUCGUUGUGUUUCACACGAGGUGGAUUCCCACUACUGUCCCAAUUGCUUGGAGAACAUGCCAUCAGCUGAGGCUAGGAUCAAGAGAAAUAGGUGCCCCAAUUGUUUGGACUGCCCAAGCUGCAAGCACACUCUGUCCACACGGGCAACCAGCGUUGCUGCUCAAGACCCUAACGAUAGCGCCAAGAUAACAACCAAGAAGGUCUACUACUUGGCAUGUGGUUUCUGCCGCUGGACGUCUAGAGAUGCCGGUAUAUCUGACAAGGAAGUUGCCAGUGGAGCUUGGAAUGAGCCAGAGAAUGAAAACACUAAACGGAUCGGGGAGCUUCUGGAAUUCUAUCGGCAGAUCGGAGGCCGUGAGAAGAUUGAACGUGAGAAGAAGAAGUACACUCGCCGUCGAACGUACUUCCACAUCCAAGAGAAGCUGUCCACACCGAGAGGUUCGGCUAGCAGACGCAGUAGUGGGCUUCUUACUGCAUUGUCCAGUUUCACGUUGUUGAAGGAAGGAGAACAGGCAGAGGUCACCAUCAAGGUCAUUGAACCCCAGGAGGAAGUGGACCCCUUACCAGAAGAUAUAUUUACCAAGCCAGUCAUUCUGGAGAAAGUUCCAAGUAUCCGUCAGCGUUUCUUGCAGCCAGAGAUGUCGUCCUCUACCGUGGAUGAUCUGAACCCGCGGCACAAGCAUCUACUCAUCAAACGCUCCCAGAGAUGCAGGGAUUGUGAGCACAACUUGAGCAAGCCAGAGUUCAAUCCGUCUUCCAUCAAGUUCAAGAUUCAACUCAUUGCCUUGCACCAUAUUCCGGACGUCCGUAUCUUCCUGGUACCCAAGCUGAACUUACAACGGGAGAGUGUGGUAACCCUUAUGAUUACCAACCCGGUCCAAAAUGCCACCAGAAUCAAGAUGGAGGCGCCGGAGAAAACGGACGAGGCAAAUGACAUCACCACGGCCAAGGUUGUUGUUCCAGAUGAAGAGUUAAUUCUGGCUGCCAAAGAUGACACGACGGAAUUCGAUGAUUCUUCAACAGACAACAAAGAUUAUAACGAUAAACCAGAGUUUGUCCAGUUCCGUCAAGCUCAUAAACUCGGAGUCCUGGUUAGGAUCACUCCCUUGAAGGCUGUUGGAGAUGUCAUUGUGUCGUUCAAUCUGAAGUAUGACUACAAGAACGCCACGCCCUCCCUGCGCAGCACCACAGAGUCUCAGGGCGAUAAUGAUAUGGUGUGGUUGGAGCACCAAGUCACAAUCCACCUUGGACCCCUGGCACAGAACCAGUAACUUCCCUCAACCCCAGGUUAAGAAAGUAUUGGUAGCCAGUAGUUUCCUCCUUCCCAGGGUAAGGCAAUGUUGUUGUUUUUUUUCUUCUGCGAGAAGAAGUUGGUUUACUUAUUUUUCCACUCAAGUAACUGGCAUGUCAUAAAAAAGUCCUUUUGAGAAAAUAUUUUUUGGAGAGCCAUCUAGGAUAAUAAAAACGCCUAUUUAUUAUGAAGCGAAUUUUACAAUAAUGUACCAAUGCAUUUUUAAGUGAAUUAGAUCACACAAAUUUGAAUUCUUUUAAUUUUUAAAGGCUAAUGUUUAACACCUUCUCGGGUAUUGUUUUGGGAUUUUGUUUUAUUUUUGAAUCCAUACAUUCAAUUUGCUCAAUAGUUUUCAUUUUUGUUUUAUUAAAUUUGAUGGGAAGAUUAGAGAUAAGCAUUUGUGUGCUGCUUGCACGGUUAUUUAUCCUGAACCAAAACUGUUCUAAAGGAGAGAAUUUUGUUGUUGUAGCAUCAACAAUAAUAAUAAUCAUUAACCAUUCUUAUAUAGCGCAUAACACAUAGAAAU